CACGGCUCUAAUCACAUACAUUUCUCUCGCGGCUAAGUUUACAUCGUACUUCGAAUUCCGAAGGAAAGAAGUUUUUGAUAGAUUCGAGCUGAGUGGAGGAAAUGAUGGACAUAGUGAUAUGGAUCAUGUUGAUGUCUGUUCUGGGAACAACGAUGGAUGCAGCAUUUGUCCCGGUUAAAUUCAUUAAUGAGCAAGAUGAAGGAACUUGUGGUGGACCUCUCGGCCUCGAAAGCGGUCAGAUCACCGACGGGCAGCUUACUGCCUCUUCACAAUGGGAUUGGAACCAUGGCGCUAGACGUGGUAGACUGGAUAUUCAAAAGCAAGGCGCCCUUCGAGGUGCUUGGUCCUCUCGCAGGAAUGACGGAAACCAGUGGCUCCAGAUUGAUCUCUUCGACGAAACUUCUCAAGUGACAGGUGUUGCCACACAGGGAAGGUUUGACUGGAACCAGUGGGUCACUAAGUACAGGCUGCAGUAUUCUGUGGAUGGAGUGACCUUCCAGUUCUACAAGGAGCAAGGUCAAUCUGCAAACAAGGAAUUUACUGGUAACACGGACAGAAACACCAUAGUGAGGCAUGACCUGAAUCCACCAAUCACGGCGCGUUUUAUUCGCUUUCGACCUGUCAGUUGGGUUGGACACAUUUCCAUGAGAGUGGAGCUCUAUGGCUGCUUUUCCGGAGAAUGUCUCAAGCCCCUUGGCAUGCAAAGCGGUGAAAUCCCUAAGGAACAAUUAUCUGCCUCUUCGGAAUGGGACAAGAAUCAUGGCGCCAAACGCGGCCGGCUUAACAUUAAGAGAGAAGGGGCGCUGCGAGGUGCAUGGUCUUCUCGAAGAAAUGAUCAAAACCAGUGGCUACAGAUCGAUCUUCGCACUCGGUACACGGCAGUGAAAGGCAUAGCCACACAAGGAAGAGAUGACUGGAAUCAAUGGGUCACCCGGUACAGGUUGCAGUACGGUAACGAUGGAAACAACUUUGAAUUCUACACUGAGGUUGCAGGACAAAGUGCAAUGAAGGAGUUUACAGGAAACAAAGACCGGUUCACCAUUGUUUUUCACAAGCUGAGGCCAGUCUUCGCACGUUUCAUCCGAAUUCUUCCUAGGUCAUGGCAUGGGCAUAUCUCCAUGCGGGUGGAGCUGUAUGGUUGCCCAGCUCUGGUGAAAAACAUGGACUCGAACGGAGAUGGAUUUGCAAGCCAAAGUGAAGUGGAAAGCUUUGGUUUAGUGUGGAAGGGUAACGCGGAACAAUUCGAUCUGAACGCUGACGGCAAACUCAGUCCUGAGGAGUCUAAAAUCAUGACUUACAUAAGCAAAUAUGAUACGAAGCAACUCCUGUGUCAUUUCAAAGCAACUGAUACGAACCAUGAUUUGUUUGUGACGGCUGGAGAGCUGGAGAAACGAUUUAAAGACUUCAAAUAUGAUAUCACUCCAGACGGCGUUGCUGAAUUUAUUAAGGAGGGUGACGUUGAUAAACCGGAUAAUAAAUUAAAUUUCCACGAGUUCAGCUUGGCUAUGUUUGGUGCUUGAUACCCAGCAUCCACUUAAGUUAAACAGGCCAACGAGGUCACUUUGUUUUAUUUGUUCUUGGGGAGUUUAAUGUAGUCUGUCUGUAGAUUUCUAAUUGUGGGAUGUAUCAAUAAAGAAAGUAGUGAAUAAAAU